AUGCCGAAGCCCCGUUUCCUCGCCGCGCUGCUCCUCUUACUGAUAUCGUCCACACCAUUCCCCGCCGCCUGCGCGAGUUCAUCCGUCUGCAACCUCGAGAAGUUCAUCGCGUACGGCAUCUUUGCCAUUAACCUUGACCACUUGUUCAACGACUUGGUCGAGUUCGGGUCGGUCAAACCCGGUGAAAACUACUACCACAUGAUUUUCGACGAUGUCCUAGGCUUCCCGGCCUAUGGCCGCUGCUCGUGCUCCGGUAGCCUCACUGCACACGACUGUCGCUCUUGCCUUGAAUGGGCCGUUGAUUUAGUGACAAUAUGGUGCAAACUGGCGAUUGGAGGUCAGGUUGAGCUCGGGGAUUGCGGCCUCCGGUACGAGCAAUACAAGUUUGUCUGA